UGAAGACAGCCAAGAUGAAAGUCAAGAACAUGACAUUCAAGGAGGGGCAUGAGUUCAAGAUCCGCAUCAAGCCUAAGGACGACUGCAAUUCCUUUGCCAUCAACAUCGGUCAUGACUCUGAGAACGUCGCAUUGCACUUCAACCCACGUUUCGACUGCAGCGGCGACUCCAACGUCAUCAUCUGCAACUCCUUGUCCGGGGGAAGCUGGGGCGACGAGCAACGUGAGGGACACUUCCCCUUCGUGCGUGGGGAGGAAUGCAAGUUUUACAUCAACUUCAACAACGAGCAGUUCUACAUCAAGCUCCCCGAUGGCGCCAUGAUGAAUUUCCCCAACCGACUGGGAGACGUCAAGUACAAGUACUUUGACGUCAGCGGCGAUGCAAGGAUCGUCGGCAUCAAGAUCAAGUAGAGAUCGACCUCGUCUUGACCCUUAACUCUUGACCUGUCCAUCUUUUGUUUGUUGCUGAACAGUCCGUUUUAUAUUACUGAGUCCAGGCCUGAUUGUUCAUCUUUUCUCCUGUUGAGGCUUAUGGAAAUAUAACACUAGAAAUUUACAUCAACAUGGAGCGCUGAUAUUGUAAUAAGAGGAAAUGGCCUAAAGAGGGAGCCACAGCACAUCUUACCGGACUGUGUCUGCUUGGCAUCCCAUCAGUCACUGGGUUUGAUAAUAAAUGCUGUGAA